AUGACGAACGAGGACGGCAAACUCUGCCUGCACAAGGUCAGCACCCAAGUGCAGCUCGCGCUGGAGAUGUCGGUUGAGAACUCCUCCAGCUCCAGUCUGGGAGGGGGCUUCCUUCCGCUUUCCGUGCUGACGAUGCAGGGUUGGGACCCGGCCCUUGUUCAGAGCGCGAAGCUCGGAGUCGUUUACAAAAUGGAGGUGCUGUCGGAAAAAGUGGAAGAAAAGCAAGCAGUCAAAAGGAAAGAGGGCACCACAGUCAACCUUCGUGCCAAGAAGGCAAAGAGGGGACCGCAGGAGGACGCGCCGCAGCUGGUCUCUUCCGACGAGGAAGAAGGCGGCCCGGAGAGCAAAGAGACCAGGAAAAACAAGAAAGCUGCGGAGAAGCUUAGGCUCAAGGCUUUCAAGAGGGACGCGGCCCUGGCUUCCAAGACCGUCUCGGCGUUGGCCCCGCUGCUCUUGCAGGUGAAGGACGAGGAAAAGAAGAAGAAGGCCGGGGACCUGGUCCAAGAGGCCACGGCGUUCUUGGAGAAGCGGGCGGGCAGGGACUCCUUAAGCUACGCCGCUGCUCACCUUGAGACGGAAGUGGCGCUGCUCAAGGGAGAACUGCAGCCCAAAGCCGCUCCGAAGCGCCCCAAAGCCAAGGGCAAGAGUAAGGCUGCAGCGAAAGCCGGAGAGGGCAACGAAGCUCCCGGCUCAACUCUGUUCUUGUCGCGCUGGCUCAAAUACUCUGCGUCCUACAAGUCUUCGGCUGCUUCUUCUGCGUCCUGCUGCCGUGUGGAACAUGCAGCCGUGCAGUCCUCCCUCAGCAUGCCGUCGCUCUUCUCUCGCAGUAAGAAGUCAGAAGAGGCCGGUCGUGUCCGGCUCUUUUACGGACACCCGCGCGAUGGCAUGUUUGUGGACAACAUGAGCAUAGGCCAGGCCUUUUCCCUGCAGGCCAACGCAAGGCUUGCAGACAACCUGCUUGGGGAGAACGAAGACAAGAACUUCCGCAACGCACGGAGCCUGGGCCCGUCGGACGAGGACCCCGGGACGCCGGCAGCGCAGCGGCAGGAGCAGAGCCCUGGUUCUAGCAUCCCGCCCACGCAGCUCCGCAGCCCUUGGGUGCAGAAGCUUCUCAAGAGAAAGAAGGAGCGGCAGGGGAAGCACGCAAAGGCCAAGGCAGAGAAGC